AUGCCUUCGCUAUCAUCAUUGGCUCAAUUGGCUCUCGCUCCUGCCGCCGCUCAAGCUUUUAACCUAUAUGAACAUCUGGGUAACCUCUCGCCCUACUUCACACCAGCCAAUACCCCAGCCUCUCUGUUAUCCGGUAUCCCAGAGUCAUGCUCUGUAGACAAAGCUUUCUUGGUUCAUAGACAUGGUUCUCGUCAGCCUAUCUCAUCAGAGCUGCCCACUAUCCAGAACCUGUCUUACUACAUCAACAACAACACUGCUCUGUUCAAGAACCCUCAAGGCCAAUUGCCAUCAGAGUUCUCCUUCCUGACCAACGGCUGGUCUAGUAGCUUUAGCCUCAACAACUUGUCUGCUUCUGGACGGCAGCAAUUGUUCGAUCAUGGUGUAGCCCUUCGUCUGGAUUAUCCCAAUCUCUACACCGACACAGUACUGGCCGGCGAUCAGGAUCGUGUAGUAGAGAGCGCCCAGUGGUUCUCCGACGGCUACUACGGCCGCUAUGCAGAAGACGUGUCUGUUUUGAACAAAAUCGCCGAGGACAAUCUCACCAUCUCAUGGAUCACCGCAAUGGAUACCUGCAAGACCUGGGAGUACAGCUCUGGAAACGACUUGGUCACCGAGUGGGGUAACGUCUACCUACCAGCCAUCGCUACUCGCAUGAACAAGGCUCUUUCGACCGCGUACCCCAGUGUCAAUUUCACUGCACAGCAUGCUCAUGGUGCUCUCUGGGCAUGUGCCUAUGGUACUGCUGUAUACGGCAUCGGACGCAGCCCAUGGUGCGAAGUCUUCAAACCACAAGAAAUCCUCGAUUUCGAGUACGAACUCGACCUUCUCAUGAGAGGUGCCUUUGGCUACGGUCUUCCCAACAACCAAGGUCCAACUCUCGGUAGCUUGCUCGUCAGCAAUGUAACCACCUUCCUACAAAGCUCAAGCACUCAAAACCUAUCCCUGAACUUUGCCCACGACACAACCAUCGAUCUCGGUCUGACAGCUCUGGGCCUCGCUCACGAUCCAUCAUACCCAGCCAGUGGUCCUCCAAACCCCGCCCGUAACUGGAGAACCAGCACCCAAGUCCCCUUUGGCGCACAAAUGCUCUUCAAAAGACUUAGCUGCUCAGGAAACGAAACUAGAAUUCAGCUCGAGUUGAACGGAGCGAACUUUGACCUCAGUCCUGUAGGCUGCACAUCAGACUACUACGGUACAUGCAAGUUUGCCGACUUUAUAGGCUCCAAGAAUGUACAAAUGGCUAUGAACAUUACUGAUGGUGAUGCAACUUGGACUUCUGCUUGUACUUGA